AAUGGAUUAGAAUAAAUAAUUGAUAAAAAAUGAACUAUUGAAUUUGAGUUUUUCAGAAGAAUAAAUUGCUUAAGUAUUACCAAGUGCUGAUAGCUUAGAAUAAGCUGUAGAAUUACUAUUAGCAUUAUAAGAAGGGUAAUAAACAUAAAAAUAAAAUAUUGGAUUAUUUACAAAUAUUGAUGCUAUUCCAUUUGAUAUUAAUUUUGAUAACAUAAAACCACCAGGAGAAUAAUUUGAUAAGAGAUAUAAAAUGGUAUGUGUUGUUAGAAUGGAUUUAAAAAUGGGAAUUGGUAAAAUAGCAGCAUAAACAGGACAUGCAGGUAUAUUUUUAAAUAUUAAAAUGAAUAGUAUUAGGAGCAUAUAAAUAAUUAUUAAAUAACAAAUAUGAUUUAUUAUAAAAAUGGGAAGGAAGUGGUUAAGCAAAAGUAGUAGUGAAAUGUGACAGUCAAUAAGAAUUACAUAAUAUAGAAGCAAAAGCAAGAUAGAAUGGAUUAAUUACAUAUAUAGUAACAGAUGCAGGUAGAACAUAAGUAAGAAUGAAUUCGCGAGUCUUAGGUUGAGCCUGGAAGCCAAACGGUAUGUGCAAUUGGACCUGCUGAUUGUGAUCUAAUUGAUUAAGUGACUGGUCAUUUGAAAUUAUUAUGA